AUGGCGCACGCCGCGCCGUAUUGCCGAAGAACCGAGCGACCGGAGACGACCACCGUGCAGAUCAUGACCGCGUUUUCUCAAUACAUGCCGCAUGGCAUGUGCCUCUCGUGGCAGCCCUGGCUUGUCAUCUUGUGGGCAGGGUCCGACUUGCUGAUCUUCAUCUCCUAUUUCGCCAUACCGCUGGCUCUGCUCAGCGUGCUGCGCCAGCGGCCGGACCUGAAACAUCGCGGUCUGGUCGGGCUUUUUGCCGGGUUCAUCUUGCUGUGCGGACUGACCCAUGCAUUGUCCAUCGUCACGCUCUGGAUCCCGAUCUAUCCGCUGCAGGGCUAUGUGAAGCUGGCAACGGGUCUGGUCUCGGCGGCGACCGCGAUCGUCCUGUUCCGCCUGGUGCCGACGCUGAUCACGAUUCCGACACCCAGCGAGCUUCAGGAGGCGAACCAGAACCUGAAACGGGAGAUCGCGGCGCAUGAAGCCACGCUGGCGAAGUUGCGGCAGGCCCAGCACAAUCUUGAGGCCGAGGUCGAGGAGCGAACGGCGGAACUGAAGCGCGCGAACGCCCAGCUUGCCAUUUCGACGCGCGAGGCGGUUCAUCGCAGCCGGAACCUGAUCGCCGUGGUUUCCUCGAUCGCGCGGCAGAGUGCGCGCAGUCAUGGCGAUGCCGGCGGUUUCAUCGAUACCUUCAUCGGGCGGCUCAAUGCGCUGGCCGAUGCGACAUCGAUCGUCAUGAAGGGCGAAACGCGGACCUCGGCCGAUCUGGGUCAGGUGGUCAGGACGCAGUUAGAGCCGGUUCUGAUGACAUAUGGCGACCGGAUCAAGGUCGAAGGCCAGCCGAUCGAUGCCGGCUCGGAGGCUGCCCAGCAGAUCAGCCUGGCGCUUCACGAACUGGCCACCAACUCCCAGAAAUACGGUGCGCUUUCCGCCGAUGCCGGAGCGAUCAGCGUGUCGUGGACAAAGCUGGCGGCCGAUGGCGACGACGCCGAGCGUCUCGUGCUGCGGUGGGACGAGGAAAUCUCCGAGGCGGCAGCGCGAUCUUUUGCGGAUGCGGGAUCGGGCGGAUUUGGAAGCCGCUUGCUGACGAAGAUCGUUCCGACCGUUCUUCGCGGCAGUGCGCGACGCGAGGUGGAGGACAGCACGCUGACCUAUGAGCUCAUCUUGCCCCUGUCGGCAUUGAAGGACAAUGUGAACCGCGACGGCGAUGCGGAUCUGGCGGCGCGCAUCGUCGACAGGGAUUUCGGUUUGGCCUGA